AUGCCAAGCUCAGGGUUUACCCACGCCAACUUUCAGGUAGGAAAAUUUCGGUUUGUUAUUUUACUUGUUCACGUUCCGGCAGAACCCAUAACAGGUGUCGCUCCGAAAGUAAAAGAUAUGGACGUAGGUAGUUUGAAGAAAGAGGUUCCAGUUAACAAUGUGAUACAUUUAAUGUGCAAUGCGCAAGGAUACCCAUCACCUAAGUUUAGAUGGUACAAAUUCGUGGAGGGCACCAACAGGAAGCAGGCCGUCGCUUUGAACGAUCGCGUGAAGCAAGUAGCAGGAACUCUGAUCAUCCGCGAAGCCAAAGUGGAAGAUUCCGGUAAAUAUCUGUGCGUCGUUAAUAACUCUGUCGGAGGCGAAAGCGUGGAGACCGUCUUAACUGUUACCGCUCCUUUGAAGGCCAAAAUCGAUCCUCCUGUGCAAACUAUCGAUUUCGGCAGACCUGCUGUUUUUACUUGCAAGUUUGAAGGAAAUCCCAUAAAAACUAUCAGCUGGUUGAAAGACGGUAAUCCAAUAGACCACAGCGACCCCGUUCUAAAAAUAGAAGCCGUUCGAAAAGAAGAUAAGGGAAUGUACCAAUGCUUCGUACGAAACGACCAAGAAAACGCUGAAGCGACAGGAGAAUUAAAACUGGGCGGUCGAUUCGAACCGCCUCAAAUUCGCCACGCUUUCAACGAAGAAACGGUCCAGCCGGGCAACUCCGUGUUCAUGAAAUGCAUAGCUUCGGGCAAUCCUACUCCGGAAAUAACGUGGGAACUGUACGGGAGAAGACUGGCCAACAGCGACGUCUACCAAAUCGGCCAGUAUGUAACUGUCAACGGAGACGUGGUGUCCCAUUUGAACAUCAGCGCUAUUCACACCAACGACGGCGGUUUGUACAGAUGUGUAGCCAGCAGUAAAGUCGGUUCGGCCGAUCAUUCUGCAAGGAUCAACGUCUACGGGCUGCCUUUUGUCAGGUCCAUGGAGAAGCAGGCUAUCGUUGCUGGAGGAACACUCAUCGUUCAUUGUCCUUUUGCUGGACAUCCUGUUGAAACUGUUGUUUGGGAACGAGAUGGUCGAUUGCUGCCGAUCAACCGAAAGCAGAAGGUGUUUCCGAAUGGAACUUUGAUCAUAGAAAACGUCGAAAGAGCAUCCGAUCAGGCGACUUACUUUUGCGUGGCGAAAAAUUCUCAGGGCUACACCGCUCGCGGAUCGUUGGAAGUUCAAGUUAUGGUUCUGCCUCACGUAAUACCAUUUACAUUUGAAGAGGAAGCCAAUUCUGGCGAAAUGGCGCAAAUUUCGUGUUACGCGACCAAAGGAGACACUCCCAUGACGUUUUCUUGGAUGAAAGACGGAGUUGUACUUAAGCCGCAAGAUAAGGGAAUUGCUAUAAAUAUGUUUGGAACUAAGACGUCACUUCUGAGUAUCGCUUCAGUCGAUUGGCGCCAUGUGGGAAAUUACACAUGCAUUGUAUCUAACAGAGCGGGCAUUUCAACCCAUAGUGCAGAACUAUUGGUUAAGGUGCCACCAAGAUGGAUAUUAGAACCAACCGAUAAAGCUUUUGCUCAAGGUUCUGAUGCAGUUGUCGAAUGCAAAGCCGAUGGUUUUCCUAAACCGAUUGUUACAUGGAAAAGAGCUACAGGCGUAUCACCUGGAGAUUACAAAGAUUUCAAACCGAAUAAUCCCGAUAUCAAAGUAGAAGAUGGAACUCUAACUAUUAAUAACAUUCAAAAGAACAACGAAGGUUAUUACUUAUGCGAAGCUGUAAAUGGUAUAGGUUCUGGACUAUCAGCUGUCAUACUAAUAAGCGUACAAGCUCCACCGCAAUUUGAUGUCAAGUACCGCAAUCAGACCUCGAGAAGAGGCGAUCCCGCGGUACUCCAGUGCGAGGCAAAAGGCGAAAAACCGAUCGGCAUUAUAUGGAACAUCAACAACAAACGAUUAGAACCCAAAGGCGAUAACAGAUACACUAUAAGAGAGCAAAUUUUACCGAACGGUGUUUUGUCUGAUUUGAGCAUCAAGCGUACUGAGAGAAGCGACUCCGCUAUAUUUACAUGCGUAGCUACAAAUGCUUUUGGAAGCGACGAUACCAACAUUAACAUGAUCAUACAAGAGGUUCCUGAAGUACCGUACGGUUUGAAAGUUUUGGACAAAUCCGGCAAGACAGUUCAAUUAUCCUGGGUAUCACCAUACGACGGGAAUUCGCCGAUUAAAAAAUUCUUAAUUGAGUACAAACCGAGCAAAGGAAACUGGGACAAAAAUUCCGAAAGGGUCCUCAUCCCCGGUGACCAAACUGAGGCUGGAAUAUUCACCCUAAGGCCUGCCACUACGUAUCACAUCAGAAUAAUCGCCGAAAAUGAUAUAGGAUCCAGCGAUCCCUCCGAUACCGUAACCAUAAUUACAGCAGAAGAAGUGCCGAGCGGACCGCCGACUAAUAUCAAAGUAGAGGCCGAAGACCAGCAUUCCAUAAUAAUCUAUUGGAAACCUCCAAUGAGAGACCACUGGAACGGAGACAUCCAAGGGUAUUACAUCGGCUACAAACUGGCCAACACCGACAAACCUUACUUAUUCGAAACUGUGGAAAUUCAAAGAGAAGAUGAAGCUAAAGAGCACACUUUGAAAAUUACCAAUUUGAAAACGUACACUCAAUACUCCGUGGUACUGCAAGCUUUCAACAAAGUAGGAGCCGGUCCAACUUCAGAGGAAAUCAAGGCAAACACCGCCGAAGGUGUGCCCGAACAACCGCCAGAAAAAGCAACUUGUACCACCCUAACUGCACAAACGAUCAGAGUUUCUUGGGUUUCCCCUCCGCUUACAACUGCAAAUGGAGUUAUCAAAGGCUACAAAGUUAUAUACGGACCGUCAGACUCUUGGUUUGAUGAAAAAACAAAAGACACCAAAAUUACUGCUUCAAGUGAAACUAUUCUGCACGGUUUGAACAAAUACACGAACUACAGCAUGGAAAUAUUGGCCUACACUUCAGGCGGUGACGGUGUACGUACUACUCCAAUUCACUGUCAAACUGAACAAGAUACUCCUGAAGCACCUACGGCCGUCAAAGCUCUAGUUAUGUCCGCCGAUUCGAUUCUCGUGAGCUGGAAACCACCGACUGAACCAAACGGCAUAAUCGAAUACUACAUGGUUUACUACAAAGAAUCCGGAACGUCCGAGGAGAAGCCGAAAUCCCAAAAAAUCAUACCGAAUUUGCGUAACCAAAAUUUGAGCUACCAAGCCAAAAACCUCGACAGCAAUUUGAAAUACGAAUUUUGGGUGACGGCUGCCACCACCAUCGGCGAAGGACAAGCUUCGAAGAAAGUUACCGUUUCUCCAAGUACAAGCGUUCCAGCGAAAAUAGCUUCAUUCGACGAUACAUUUACAACGACCUACAAGGAAGAUGUAACUCUGCCGUGUCUAGCAGUGGGAGUUCCGACUCCGGUGAUCACUUGGACUAUCAAAGGAACCAAAUUCUCCACCAACACAAACGACAGGGUGCGCCAACAUCCUGAUGGAUCUCUCUUCAUUCGAGACAUUACUCGCAGCGAUGCCGGAGAAUAUUCCUGCAAGGUUGAAAAUGAUUACGGCCAAGAUUUCGUCACCCAUCAUCUGAUAGUUAACGCUCCACCGAACGCGCCCGUAGUUCAACUUACCACGACGACUACAAACUCAUUGACGAUCAAACUCAAACCCCACGAAACCGACGGAGAACCGAUUCACGGUUAUACCAUCCACUACAAACCGGAGUUCGGUGAUUGGGAAACCAUCCAAGUUGGACCUCACAUUGACAAAUACACUAUCGAGAAGUUGUUGUGCGGCACCAGAUACCAAUUGUAUGUCACUGCGUACAACAGCAUUGGAACCGGAGAUCCUUCGGAUAACUUGAAUCCUAAAACGAAAGGCGAAAAACCCAUCAUUCCCAGCGCCGAUAAAUUUAUAGAAGUCUCUUCCAAUAGCAUCACGCUGCGUUUGAGCGCAUGGUCGGACGGUGGCUGUCCAAUGUUGUACUUCGUCAUUGAGCAGAAGAAAAAGACCAGCACUGAAUGGAUUCAAGUUUCGAAUCACGUCAAACCAGGAGGAAACUUUGUUUUGCUAGAUUUGGAUCCUGCCCAGUGGUAUCACUUGAGAGUUACGGCUCACAACAACGCUGGAUUCAACGUUGCUGAAUACGAAUUUGCCACUCUCACCGUCACUGGAGGUACUAUUGCCCCGGCUCGUGAAAUUCCCAAAGAGGACACCAUACAAAUAAUCCUUGCGAACCUUAACCUUGUAGUUCCCGUAGUGGCUGCCGUCUUGGUCAUAAUUGUUGCCAUAAUUGUGAUCUGUGUAUUGCGUGGCAAAGGAAACUAUAAUAAAGACGAUGUGGUCUACAAUCAAUCGUGUAACGCAAGCAACACUCUUGACAAACGUCGCCCGGAUCUUAGAGAUGAAUUAGGGUACAUCGCCCCUCCAAACAGGAAACUGCCCCCGGUACCCGGCUCAAACUACAACACUUGCGAUAGGAUCAAAAGAGGCAUGGACGACGAAAUUUGCCCGUACGCGACGUUCCAUCUGCUUGGAUUCAGAGAAGAAAUGGACCCAUCCAAAGCACUGCAAUUCCAAACGUUCCCGCAUCCUCAUUCUGGCACCAUCGGACCAUCUGGAAUGACCACUCCGCACGGACUGCACUCGAGAAACGGCUCCCAAUCGAUGCCGCGACAAAACAGGAACAGAUACGACAGAGUUGGAUCGCAAGGAAACGGCAGCAUCUAUUCUCCCGGCCCGGAAUACGACGACCCGGCAAACUGCGCACCGGAGGACGAGCAAUACGGAUCCCAAUACGGAGGUUACGGAGCGCCAUAUGAUCAAUACGGCAGCCGCGGUUCGAUCGGUCGUCGCUCGCUGGGUUCCCUGAGAAUUCCCCCGAACAACGGUAGCCCGGAGCCGCCACCGCCGCCGCCGAGGAACCACGAUCCCUCCUUCAACGAUUCCAAGGACAGCAACGAGAUAUCCGAGGCUGAGUGCGACAGAGACCAGUUGAUAAAUAGCCGAACCUACGGCGUAAUGAGAGGUAACUCAAAGGAUGGCAUGACACAUGAAGAAAUGCGCAAACUGAUUGAGAGGUCAAAACGAAACAGGGCAAGCCUACCCAGCAAACGGGGGACUCUCAGCCUACGAUACUGUGGCAGUGUAAUCUGU